AUGAAGGUCAACCAAGACAUCGAGAUCCUCCACGACAUGCAACGCCUGAAACAGGGGGAGUCUGAGGAACUGGUCUGCAUCAAGAACAUCCCAUUGGCUCAGUCCACAAAAACAUCUUCCCCUGCUAAGGGCCGUCUGCACUCAGGUGCCUCCACCCGCUCCCUCACCAGCUUCCCCUCCCAGGAGACCCUUGCAAAGCUGGAAGCCUCCUCCCCAGAGAAGAGCCCUGGCCAUUCAGUACUGCUGGGCCUCCCUGGGUACCGACCAGUCACGCGUAGCUCCCUGCGCUUGCAGCGGACCAGCAGCUCCAGCCUCGGCCAGAGCACCAUGAAGCUGGGCAUGUGCCAGGAUGAGCCGGAGCAGCUGGAUGACUGGAACCACAUUGCAGAGCUGCAGCAGCAGAACCAGGCCCGCCCUCCCCACCUGAAAACCAGCUACCCCCUGUAA